GCUAGACAGCCUGCGGUGCCGCUUUGUGGACAACAACUCCCAUUGUUGGGCGGAGAGACAAGUCUCUUGUUGGUAUAUCCAUUAUCUUCGUUUGAAAAACACCGUGUCGGAUUGGUAUGCGUUGAAUACUGCAUCAAUCUCCCAUCACUAGUUGGUUUAGCAUUUUGGUAGGGACAUAGAAAGUAGCUAUCGUACCGGGGGUCGUGUUAGCAUCGGAAUUAACGGAGCCAUGGCGAAAAGUCUGUCCCUUGUUACUGUCAUUUUGUGUGGGUCUCUGAUCCCCUUCGUGACAGCUGGAGAGGACUGUGAAGCCUACCUAAAUGCCUUCAGCCAUUACCAGACCAAACGGGACUGCAGUACAUACCAGUGGUGCUGUGGAACGUGUGACAAUAGAUACUGCUGCAGUACCCUGUCCCUCAAGCUGAGUGAGUCUGAACAGGACCACUGCAUAUUCAGUGGCAAUAUGAGCACUUUGACCAUCUCGUCAUUCGUAGUGACAGCUGUCAUCUUCAUGAUCAGUUUAAUCUGUUGCUGUGUGUGUCCCUGCUGCUGCUUGUACAAAAUGUGCCGGAAGCCCAGACCGGUGAUCGCCACGACCGCCCACACAACGGUGGUGAACACCCACUACCCCCAGCAGCCCGUCCAGCCCUACCAGGGGGCCCCCCAGUACCCUGCCUACCAGACCGUGCCGGUCCAGCCUGGGUAUGGGGUUCAGCCUCAACCCGGCUAUGGAGGUGGCCAGCCCAUGCCCACAGCACCAGGCUACCAGGGACAGCCUUUCCAGCCAGGACCACCCCCUCCUUACCAAGAGACUGGUCCAGCCUAUCCUCCUGCUAUCCCAGUGUCUUAUAGUCAGGCUGGGUUCAGUCCAGGACAGCUGUCUUACCCCCUCCAGGCUCCAGCCCAGCCUCAGCCAGCCUAUCCCUGUGCACCUCCCGCCCAGCCCGACUUCCUCUCUGCCCAGCCUGCCUACAACCCUGCCUUCAUGGAGCCUCAGACUCCCAAGACUGGCAACUGAAGAAGCUCCUCCCAUUCUCCAUCCACCCGCUCUCGUGAGACAGACAGACAGACAGACAGACAGACAGACAGACAGACAGACGACAGACAGACAGACAGAGCA